ACCGAACAACGUAAAAUAAAGAAAGGGAUGAAGGUUAUAGAGGUAAAUUGAAGAGGGCGGAGACAUAUUUAGGGCUCGUCCUCCUCCUCCUCCUCCCUACUCCCGUUGCUCGCCUUUUCGGCCGCCUGAGUCUGAUUCUUCAGAGAGGGAUUAAAGAUGGGUUAUAAGCAACGAAAGGGCAAACAUGACGAUGGAGAUGACGAUAGUUACAAGAAGGAUGAGAAGCCGAAGAUGACUAGUGGGCAGCAGUUGCUUCCCUCUAUGAUUAAAAACAAAGAGAAAAGAUCAGCUGUUCAUGCGAAGCUUAAGGAACAGAAGAAACUAGAAAAGCGCAAGAAAGUGAAAGCUCGUGAUGAUCUUGAGAGGAGAGCUCUUGAGCUCGGUGAAGAGCUUCCCCCAAGGCCAGUUCCUCGCACAAUUGAAAAUACAAGGGAAGCGGAUGAAACAAUUUGUAAACCAGAUGAUGAAGAGCUGUUUGCUGCUAAUGAUGCUGAUGAGUUCAGUUCUGUGUUGAAGCAAGAACACAUUCCGAAGAUAUUGAUCACCACCUGCCGUUUUAAUUCAACUCGGGGACCAGAAUUUAUAUCUGAUCUGCUGUCUGUCAUACCAAAUGCUCAUUACUACAAGAGAGGAACAUAUGACUUAAAAAAGAUUGUGGAAUAUGCAAAAAAGAAGGAUUUUACGUCUCUCAUAGUUGUCCACACUAACCGCAGGGAACCAGAUGCUCUCCUGGUAAUUGGCUUGCCUGAUGGACCCACCGCACAUUUUAAGCUAACAAAAUUGGUCUUGCGCAAGGAUAUUAAGAAUCAUGGAAAUCCAACUAGUCACAAGCCUGAACUAGUAUUAAACAAUUUCACGACACAGUUAGGUCACCGCAUUGGAAGGCUAAUCCAGUCACUUUUUCCCCAAGACCCAAAUUUCCGUGGUCGACGAGUUGUAACCUUCCACAAUCAGAGAGAUUUUAUAUUCUUCAGGCAUCAUCGUUAUAUAUUUGAAAACAAAGAAGAUAAACAAGCCGACACAAAAAAUACAAAGAACAAGGACGACAAGGCUGAGGGUGUCGCGAAGGAUAGAGUAAUAGCCAGGCUACAGGAAUGUGGCCCUCGCUUUACUUUGAAGUUGAAAACUCUGCAGCAUGGGACAUUUGACACCAAAGGUGGGGAAUAUGAGUGGGUCCACAAGCCUGAAAUGGAUACCAGCAGAAGACGAUUCUUCUUAUGAUAAGUCUCAGGAUUGGUUUUUAAGACAUAAAGAUCUAUACCCUUUCCGCAAGCUACAAGGUGAGAGGUGGUCCCUGUAUGCAAUGCUUGUCCUUCCCCCACCUGAUUCAGAACAUUAUGUGACAGCUGCUGUGUCAGUAAAUUUUGAAAUGAGGCGAAUAGUGUACGCUUCCAGUGAUGGUUUUAUUAAUUUAUUGGUAAAACAAUUGGUCUCGGCUUGUAUUUCAGAUCUAUUAUGCAAAAGAGUCCCUUUUUGCUUUAAAUGCCAUCAUUGAUAGAAUGAACAAGGUUAAGGAAAUGUUAGUUCCUACAAAGUUUUGUAUGAAAAGUUGACUUUACAUAUUCA